GUUCAGUCCAUUUUGAAAGAAAAGGAAACAAAAGUCAUGUCUCGAGUUGUUCGCUCAUCCAAGUUCCGCCACGUCUUUGGCGCGCCCAACAAGCGCGAUAGCUGCUACGACGGCAUCCGCGUCACUCGCAACGCAUGGGAUCGCGACUUUUGCGUCGUCAACCCCAAGUUUGUCGCCAUCGUGCUUGAGGCUGCUGGCGGUGGUGCCUUCCAGGUCAUCGCCCUCAAUCAGACCGGCAAGGUUGCCGCGGACAAGGGCAAGGUCACUGGCCACCGCGGUGCCGUCCAGGACAUUGCCUGGAACCCCUUCAACGACAACGUCAUCGCUUCGUGCGCCGAUGACUGCUGCAUUCGCCUGUGGGAGAUCCCAGAAGGCGGCCUGACUGAGGACCUGUCGGAGCCCCUCCUCGAGAUUGCCGCUCACGAUCGCAAGAUUGGUCAGGUGCUCUGGCACCCCACUGCCGAGAACAUUCUGCUCUCGUCUGCGUUUGACUUUUUGAUCAAGGUCUGGAACGUUGCCACCGGCCAGGAGCUCCGCGCCAUCGAGGGCCACACGGACACGAUCUACACGAUGUCGUUCAACCUCGACGGCUCGCUCCUCGCCACCACCUGCAAGGACAAGAAGAUCCGCAUCCUCGACCCCCGCUCUGGCGAGAUUGUCCAGGAGGGCAAGGGCCACGACGGCUCCAAGGCCUCGCGCGUCACCUUCCUCGCUGACAAGAAGGCGCUGUUCACCACUGGUUUCUCCAAGACCUCCGAGCGCCAGUACGCCCUCUGGGACGCCAGCGACCUCUCCAACCCCGUCAAGAUUGAGAACAUUGACACCUCGUCGGGUGUCCUCCUCUCGUACUGGGACCCCGACAUCAACGUCAUGUACCUUGCUGGCAAGGGUGACGGCAACAUCCGCUACUAUGAGAUUGACGACUCUGAGGGCCCUUCCAAGAUCAACGCCUACUUCCUCUCCGAGUACAAGUCCAACACCCCUCAGCGCGGCCACGGUUUCAUGCCCAAGCGCGGCUGCAACAUUGCCCAGUGCGAGGUUGCCCGCUUCUACAAGCUCCACGCCUCUGGCCUCUGCGAGCCCAUCAGCUUCACUGUGCCCCGCAAGUCUGAGACCUUCCAGGCCGACCUCUUCCCCGACACGUACGCCUACGAGGCGUCCCUGACCGCUGACGAGUGGUGGGCUGGCCAGAACGCCAACCCCAAGACCAUCUCGCUCCGAGACGGUUUCCAGGCCCCCGCUGCCAAGACCUUUGUCUCGUCCGCCCCCAAGAAGGUGGUUGGCUCGUCUGCCCCUGCCCCGGCUGCUUCGUCGUCGUCGUCGUCCUCUUCUUCGUCGUCGUCCUCGUCGUCGGUUGCCCGAUCGGCACCCGCUGCCGCGUCGUCCAGUGCCAACAACGCUGCCGUCGAGUCGCUCCAGGCUGACGUUGCCUCGCUCAAGGCUGAGGUCGCCAAGCUCAAGGAGCAGGUUGCUUCCCUUCUGGCCGCUGGCGCCUCGAGCAACGGCGCUGAGGCUGAGGCUGAGGCUGCCACUGCUGACGAAUAAAACAAACGUCGCUCAACAUUUCUAGAUUACAUCCCGUUCCCUCGAGCAGGGCGUGGAGCUUUGAGUCUGCGCCAUUGCUUGUUGUUUUGAUUCCUUUUUGGUUUUUUUUUCCUCUUCGCUCUCUUUUUGUGUAUGGUCUUUCUCUUGUGGUGUUUUGUGGCGUUUGAUGCUGCCCUUGGGUUGGCGCACAAUGUCCGAGCGCCUUUUUUUUUUUGUUCAACAACAACAAUAACAAUCUUGUUUCGAGCAAAAACAUUCUGUUCAAAGC